CAAGCACGUUGUUUCCCGGCGAGCGCCACUCGGUCGCGAGUGGCGCGAAGCCGGACUGUGCGCUACAAGUGUGACGCGUGAGCUGCGGCUGCGCAGCUCCUCCUUGCCAGCCACGCGGCAGCAGCAGCAGUGCCGAGCGGCCGCAGCAACUUAGCGUCCACGAAGCGAGACUCCACGAAGCCGAGGACUGAAGGACAAAUGGCGCUCAAUCAGCUGUCGGCGGUCGCAGUUCGUGCGUCGUCUGCUACCGCCCGUCGCCUGCGCGCCUCGUUUGUGCCCGUGCGUUCCUGCUUCUACAACCCGAGCCGCAAAGGCAGCGAAGACUACGAGCGGCCACAGCCGGACGUCGACUACAGGACGCUGUUCCGGGACGGCUGCAGCGCGCUGAAGGACGACUUGCGCCAGUUUGGCGACGAGCUCGUCGAGACCCUGCGCUGCGACCACGCAAUGUACGACCACGGCGACUGCCAGGUGUUCUGGGACGCCAAAAGCGUCGCCGCCGAGUGGAUGGUGACUGCCGACAGCGACAACAACGAGGGCUUCUCGAGAGCCCAGCUGACCGCAGGCGCUGUCUUCUCGGGCUACCUGGACACCGCCGUGCCCAAGGACGGAAAGGUGGUGCAGACCGGCUACUGCAACAUGCGCUCGCCCCGGGCGCGGCGGCCCUUCAACAUGGGGGCCGCCUACGAUUGGUCGUCCUUCACGCACCUCGAGCUGCGCAUUCGUGGCGACGGGCGCUCGUACAUGAUCAACCUGGGUGCCGACCAGUACUUCGACGUGACGUGGAACGUGAUGUACCACUUCCCGCUGUACACCCGCGGCGGGCCCUACUGGCAGCUGGCGCGCAUACCCUUCUCCAAGUUCUUCGUGAGCAACAAGGGUCGCGUUCAGGACAAGCAAGGGGCCAUCGACCUCACCAACGUCAAGCACAUGGGCAUCACGCUUGCCGACGGCAUUGCGGGCCCUUUCCGGCUCGAAGUGGACUACAUCGGCGGCUACGUGGACGGCUCACACAGCGAGGAGUUUGCCUACGAGAUGUACCGAGUGCCCCUGGGCUAUGGACUCGGCGGCAGCUGAAAUAAAUGGCCUUGCAUGCAGGUGUGUUUGAACAUGUCAGAGGUGCACGCUGAAAACUGUUUCGGGACGCUGACUGAGAGCCAGAAAUGUACUGGUUCAGUGUGCAUGCUUGCCGUUUUCUGGCAACGUGGAGGCUUCACCGGAAACAGACCCGAGUUAACAUCCGCUUAUGUUUAUUUUCUUGUGCUUUGCUGGCUGCCGCUGCUUCUUUUACGCCGUUUUGCGUGGUUAGAAUGAUUGUAACAAAGCACUUGAUCUCUUGUUGCCCUCUCUUGCAUGCUAGGUAGGAUUAGGCUGGCUGGAACUACCCGUGUAGGAUAACGCCGGUGCACUCCGCAUGUGUUGGCUGUCGGCGCUCUAUGAGGCCCUCCUGGACAUUUCUCUCAAUACCUUUGAAACGAGGGAAGUUCUUGCACCUGUUUGUGCUUUCUUCUCCUCUUUUCUGUACACGUAUGUUUGUAUUUUUUGUUUUUUUUUGUGCUUUAUAGGUUGUAUUCACAUGACGUCACCACAAUGCUGUGAGCAGCGCUAGAAACUAUGGUGAUGCCGUCCUUCGGGCGGUCCGCCAUAAUCCUGGCCACUGUAUGGCGUCUGUGCCGUAGUGUCCCACAAUGUGUGUUUUGCUUUAUCUGGGAUUUGACAGGUGCUCCCCUUUUAGGACAGGAAUCGUUGCUGUUUACUGGCAACUACCGCAGGAUAAGCCUCAACGAACGCGGUCGAAGACGCUGCGAAGUGAUGGGCGAUACGCCUUUAAUCAGUAUGAGCGCAAUGCACAAAAGCUUGGACGAGACGGCAAGGGAGCACUACGUGGAAAAAUUCAAGCUUUGCGGUGGUGUUGAACCACUGUUCCUAGGCAUGGGCGAGUUGCACUUCGACAUCGAGCGUGAGCCGACGGUGAAAAUUUCCCGCAUCAAGGAUUCUUUAGGGUUGCUUUCGUAGCCUCCCGAAGACUUCGUGCCCAGUUGGGGCUUGUGUCGUCCACUAAAUAGGAUGGCUUUCCUGCAAGUGAGUAAUACAAGUGUAAUUACAGAUCUUGUAGUACGCCAACGCCACCUCUUGAAGUGAGAAGCAGUCACCGAGGCAAAUCUCGGAGCGAACGUUUUACAGGAGAGACGUCGCAAGUGAAGCGAAAAAAUGCAACUGUGCCAGUGCACGCUGACAUUAUGUAUUAGUGUCGUUUACAACAAUAAAAAUGUGGCUACGCAAGCGUAAACACCCAGCCAACCAGAAAUUUAACUGCCCUUCUCCAAGCGGCGUGGUGACGGGACAACAAACACGGACGCUCUGAAGCAUAAAAUGCGUCAAGUGUAACAUUUGGAACCAAAAUUGGUACUCACCAGCAAUAAAAUGAGCGCUGCACACUUUGUAGUUAGUCCAACUUUUGUUGAUGCGAGAGCGAACAAUGCGGCGAACCACUCGGUACAAUCCCUUUCCAACAAUUCUUGCAUUGGUUGUAGAUGGCUGAACGAAGUCCAUAAAAAUUGACGCUGUUCUUUCGCCGUGACCUAUUGCUACGUCAAUAGACAGCGCAAUUUACCAUGAUUUCAGAGACUGCAACAGAACAUGGUCAGCUGCUGCGCGAACUGAGGCACAGAACAUCCACACGCACCGAAAGAGCUUCACGAAGUGGCCAGGAUCAUGGCUGACGGAAGCGGAAGCAGCUCACGCCCUUCCCAUCAGCCCGCGCGCCAGUGUGGGCGUGUCCUCAGUGAAUACAACCUACACCAUGAACCAGUACCAGCUGGCCCAACUUACCAUGCUUUUGAAGUUUUUGCAGUCAAAAUAAUAAUCUUGGACAAAAAGAAAGCGUAAAAUUGCUUUCAGGCGCUAUCUGUUUACCGAAUAUGUACAGUGAACGCACGUUGCAUGCGUGCGGUCGCCGCGAUGGGGUAUCCCCAGACAAACUUUUGCGUCAAAGGCAGGAAAUCCCGGAGGGCGACGCUAUGUGACUGUUACAGUGCUUUGUCUUUAUAUGAUGCAUACCAGAAUGAAGUAUCAAUUAAGCGAUCGCGGGGCCGCAGCAUAUAUGAGCAUUUAUAACUGUAUAUGUACACAAGUAACCGUUGUUGCGUGGUCGCUGUCAAAGCUUUUCGAAUGUAAUUCCUUAGAAAUUUAAGCAAAUUGGUGCCUACGGCGACUCGUGCGGGCUGUCAGCAAGAUAUUUUUGUUUUUCUUGUAAGUUUUUGGGCGUUAUCAUUAUUACUCUAAUUGCGUCGCACUACACAUUUAUCGGUCUCCUCAGCGGGCAAUUUCCCGCUGCUUCUUUUUUAUUUUACAUGCUGUACGAACAUUGGUUGGGGCUAAGACAAACAUGAGCAUAUGAACCUUGUAUUUUUUAUUGCAGUAGCGAUUAUAUGGACACUCUCGGCUGAUUUUUGCCAUCGCCGUCAUGCCCUGGAUAUGUAUAUGUAUAUAUAUAUAAAUAAAAGCCACAAAUAAAAAUAAUUCAGAAGAAAAAAAUU